CGUACUCUGAUUAGCAUUUGACGUGACGGUAAUUUCAGUGAAGGGUGACAUUUGGGUCGGAGUGACAGCCGAACACGUGGACUGAACCGUUGACCGAACCCAAAACAUUCCUUUGGUGGAACAGAUUUCGCCUGAUCGAAAAUGGUCUGAUGGAACCACUUUCGAUUUAGCGGCUGAUUUUGACCUCGAAUUAGAUUCUGGAGCAGAUUGGAGUGGUCCCUGUGUUUACUUGAAGGCCUCUUCUGACUUCUCCUCGCGUGAAGUUUUGUGUUCCAAGCCCUACGCUUUCAUCUGUGAAUGGAAAGAUCCACCUUGUCCCACCGGUUUCACCAGACAAAGAGGGUCAAAAAAUGGUCGCAUGUGCUUGAAACUCUCUGGUGGAGACGGUCCCAAUUCUAAAGAGAUGUGUGCCAGUUCUAAUGACCUUUUGCCAAGACCAGCUUUCCCCACCUCACAUGAAGAAGCUCUAUUCUUCAAGGACAACAUGGGGACGGGUUCCGUCUGGUUGGGAAUGGAACUAGGUCCAAUGUCCAACUGGCAGGUUGCUUCUGAUGUUCAAAAGUACAAUGAUCCGUAUCCCGUCGAAUCAAACGAAAGCUUGAUUGAUCUGCGACGCUUUGGAUCUUGGCAAGAAAACUUGGUUGGCACAAAUGAUGCUUCCAAAGGAUGUCUGUCUUUUGCCAACAAUGGUCUUAUUCAACCUGAAUUUGGUGCCUCUUGCGAUGAAGCUCGCCCACCGGCUUGCGAAUAUCGGUCUUGUCUGACGAAACGUGGGUUGUCGUGUGUGUUCCCGUUCAAGUAUUUCAAUUUCACGGAGGAUGGAACCAAAUCAGAGAUUACUUACCAUUAUUGCGCCUCAUUGGACAUCUUCUCGCCAUGGUGUGCCACUGUUGUGAGUGCCACAGGAGAAGUGAUUGAAUGGGAUGAAUGUGUCAGCGAUUGUCCACAUGAACCGCCAGAAAUGGUUUGUGAAAUGGAUCCGCCAACUCCCACCAUAGUUUCUGUUUUGGGUGCUACCACGAACUUCUCAACUACUCAUGAAUUUGGAGUAGACACCGUUGUGUCAGAGUUGGAUUUUGUGGAAUAUCAUUGCCCAGAAGGUUACUACUUCAAUGGAACCAACAGGCUCACUGUCAGAGCGUUUUGCAAGAAUUGGCAAUGGGAAGUCGAUUUUGAUCCAGAGACUGUUUGCAUCCCCGUGUUAUGUACUUGUCCCCAAUGGUUCCCACCAAAGAGCAAACUAGGCACCUACAACUGGAACAACGGCCUUCCCCCUCCUACUGGUUGCAAUCAAAAUGAGCCCAAUGUGAAACAUCUAACGGAGGUGACUUACAACUGUCCAGAUGGAUUUAUGUUCAAUACAUCUGAGAGUGACGUGGCCAUCCCCGAAUCGGCAACCCUGACCUUCACUUGUAGCAAAUUUGCCAAUUGGUCUCCAGUAUUUCAACCGCAUUGCAUUCCGCGGAACUGUGUGAAUGACCCUCCUUUGAUCAAUCGAACUGCCAGAGAUUGGAUGGAUUGGGAUUUGAACAUCCGGAACAGAAGCUAUACCCAUAGCAUAAACUAUACUUGUCCAUUGAAGAAUUGGGGUUAUCCUUCAAGUGGUGAAAACCGGAUGGUGGCCACGUGUCAAGAAAAUCUCAGAUGGAAUCUGACUUCCGUCGAAAAAUGCGUUGCUCUGCCCUGCCCGAGCCGCCCUCCAAGUGCGCCAAUAGGUGGCCGCCGAUGGUAUGGGCUUCAACAGACCAAAUACAGCUGCCCUCCGGGAUAUAAAUUCGCGGACGGAUCCUACCCAUUUUUCCAUGCCAAUUGUUCGGCAGCCAAACAAUGGCAACCCCCUAACUUCCUCCCGCAAUGUGUCCCGAGGCAAUGCUCGAAUGACCCUCCACUACAUUUUCUCGGCCAAGAUUUGGAUUGGUCUUUCCGAAGUAAGACAUUGGGGACCAAAGUCACUUACACCUGUCCAUUUUUUAAAGUGACACAACAAGCCGGGUUGUCAGUCCAACAUUCUCAAUGUACUUAUGACAAGGAUACCGAUGAACUGCAUUGGUAUCCACCUAGCAUCCAAGAUUGUACGCGUAAGUCACUCAAAAUAAUUAUUUUUAAAACCUGUUCUUAAUUCCUAUUUUGCAUUCCUCUCUUGGGGUGGAAUUUUCGUUAAAUUGAGUCUAAGCAUCCACUUGGCUUUGGUAAGUAUAUAAUCCUUUUCAUUCCAUUUGGGACUAAUCCAUAUGUUCAAAGGCCAGAUCGUAAACCAUUGAAAAUGUCAUGUACGUGUUUUUAUUUGUGAUAUGUUAUGUUAUAUUCUGCCUAAUCAAAUAAAACUGUACACCGUAUUGAA